UACUAUAUCAUAGCACUACCAGGUGAUAUGGUUUUAUGUCUAUCUAUAUCUCUGAAAUCCUCAGGAUUCCUUGAUAGUGUAUAGGUAUAGCUAGGUACCCUAAGAUCCACAAGAAAUACCAUGGCGCGCAAUUCAGAAAAGGCAAAUGCCAUGCUUAAUAAGUGGUUGCGUAUCAAAAGCGGGCUUGCAGCCCACGAUACGCAACUAACGAGGAAACCCAGGCAUACAUCCGAGGUUACCGACUACCGUACAGCGGAGCAUUGGAGAAACCUACUGGUCAAGGAUGUUAUGAUCUCGAUAUCGAGGAUACAGAAUGCAAGUCUUGGCGAAUUUGCAAUUCGUGACCUCAAUGACGAAAUCAACAGGCUAAUAGGUCUUAGGAAGCGCUGGGACGAACGAGUAAUCGAACUUGGAGGACCCGAUCAAAGGGCACUUUCAUCGGCCAUAGAAAAUGCACAUGGAGCUGAGUUGAAAAUAGGAGGUGGAGGAUACCGAUACUUCGGGGCAGCCAAGAAUCUACCGGGUGUACAAGAACUGUUUGAAAAGCAGGAGAUGGACGAACGACGUGUAGACACAUAUGUAACACGCGCUGAGUUAUAUCGCAAGAUUAACCCAGAUUAUUAUGGGUUCCGAGAUGAUGAGGACGGCAUGCUAUCAGCAGCAGAGGCCGAGUUGGAACGAUCACUACAUACAAAGGGGCUCUCUGAAGUCAGCCAUUGCCAUGUGGAUCCAGCUGAGCUUGAAGACGAGGCCCUGGAAUGGGACCAACCACUCAUUGAAGCUCUACAGCAACGCAACGUGCUAUGAAAUAACAUCAAUAUCGCAUUUAAUCUAGUAGUAACAUAUACUUCCACGGAAUAACAGUCACAAC